CACUGGACAAGCCAAAUAUCAGUCUGUCAGUCAGUCAGAUGAAAAACACAGAGGAGAAAUCUGAGGAUUAAAGAACUUCUUCACAGUGGAUGAACUGUUUCCUUGACCAGGGAUACACUCUAAGAGCGGCAGGAUGGGCUGUAUGAAGUCCACGCUGAGCGAAACUCUGAGCGGAGGAGUGGAGAAAAAGAUCAACCAGCAGACUGUACGUACCGAGCAAACGCACUAUGUCAGAGAUCCUACCUCCAGUACAAAAAACAACAUAAAUAAUUCUCUGUUACCUGGUCAGAUGUUUCAGAAGAUGGAAGAGCAAAGGGGCGUUGGUAAAAUAAUGGUCAGCCUUUACCCGUAUCAAGCUGUGCAUCCUGAUGACUUAGGAUUCAAGAAAGGAGAGAAGAUGAAAAUCUUAGAGGAACACGGGGAGUGGUGGAAAGCAAGAUCUUUGACAACAAACAAAGAAGGAUUCAUCCCAUCCAAUUAUGUUGCCCAAGUUGACACCAUAGAAACAGAAGAGUGGUUUUUCAAAGACAUCACAAGAAAGGAUUCAGAAAGGCAGCUGUUGGCGCCCGCAAACAAACCAGGGUCUUAUCUUAUCAGGGAAAGUGAAACAUCAAAAGGAAGCUACUCAUUGUCCAUCAGGGAUGUGGAUGCCCAGGGGACAGAUUCAGUCAAACACUAUAAAAUCAGGAUGAUGGAUAAUGGCGGCUACUACAUCUCUCCUAAAAUCUCCUUCAGGGACAUCGGCAGCAUGAUCAAACAUUACCACAACAAAGCGGAUGGCCUGUGUCGUAAAUUGGACCGUCCGUGUGUGAAGCCCAAUGUUCAGAAGCCAUGGGAUAAAGAUGCCUGGGAGAUUUCUAAAGAGUCAAUCAAGAUGGUGAAGAAACUCGGAGCUGGACAGUUUGGAGAAGUCUGGAUGGCUUACUACAACAACUCAACCACAGUAGCAGUGAAGACACUGAAGCCAGGCACCAUGACAGUUGAAGCCUUUCUGGAUGAAGCCAAUGUCAUGAAGACGCUGCAGCACGACAGGCUGGUGCGGCUCUACGCUGUUGUCACCAAGACAGAACCCAUCUAUAUCAUCACUGAAUUUAUGGCAAAUGGGAGCCUACUAGACUUCUUAAAGAGUGACGCAGCGUGCAAACUGCAACUACCCAAGCUCAUCGAUUUCUCAGCGCAGAUAGCAGAGGGCAUGGCGUACAUAGAGAAGAAGAAUUAUAUUCACAGAGACCUGAGAGCUGCUAAUGUCCUGGUGUCAGAGAGUCUCCUCUGUAAAAUAGCUGAUUUUGGACUGGCAAGAGUCAUAGAGGACAACGAAUACUCUGCCAGAGAGGGAGCCAAGUUCCCCAUUAAGUGGACCGCUCCAGAGGCCAUUAACUACGGCUCAUUCACCAUCAAGUCAGACAUGUGGUCCUUCGGAGUUCUGCUCUAUGAGAUUAUAACCUUUGGGAAAAUCCCUUACCCAGGUAUGACUAAAGGAGAGGUGAUGUCCUCAGUGCAGCGUGGCUAUCGGAUGCCUCAGCCCGACAACUGUCCUGCUGAGCUCUAUGAGAUCAUGAUGUCCUGCUGGAAAAACAAACCUGACGAAAGGCCCACCUUUGACUACAUGCAGAGUGUCCUGGAGGACUUCUACACCGCCACGGAGGGCCAGUACCAGCAGCAACCAUAGAGAGGGACACUUUCAACAAGACUCUGACAAAUAAAAUAUGACAUUUCACAUUCACUCCAGAUCAUGUUUGGAGCUACUUUAUAUGUGUUUUUAUGUUUGUAAUUUUUUGUAUAUACAAAACAUUCUAUAUACCUGUGUAUAUACUGUAUUCCUUUAUUAUUACGUGCAGGUUUCAGAAUAUACACUGCUUAUACAAAAAGCUGUAAAUUGACUUGCGGGUAAAGCAAAGACCUUUGUUUUUUCAUAUAUUUGGUUUGUCUUACAUGUCUGAAAUCAGCAUUGUUUGCUGUGAUGUUCCAUUAUAACAUUUCCACACACAUAGGUUGAUAGUUAAAGAAGGUUUCAUGCCCUGCAAAAAUGUAUACAUGUUUAGGUUAUGACAUUUACAUUUCAUGUCUAAUUAUUUCAUACCAAUUUUAAACAAACAAAUGGUUCAAUAACUGAAUGGGAUUAUAAUUUAGUUGUUUCUGUUUGCUUGUUGUUUCAUUGACCAGUGAAGGGUUGAUCGCCUUUAUAUCCGCUUCAUAUUGAAGUGCUGGAGCUCAUGCUCAUUUAGUUUUAAUUUUUUAGGGGGUGAAUGUGGAAUCUGUUAUCAUUUCAGCAUUUCAAGUAUGGUAUUGGUAAUCAAAUAUUUGAUAAUCAAAUGUGUAAUAUAUUUGUGUUCCUUGGAUUUAUCGGUAUGUUGAAGGAGAUCUAACAUGCUCAUUUCCAAACAUUACCAUCAUGACUUUCAGAAUUUUCUUAUCAGUUGGUAUAAAUAAUAUAUAUGUUAUACACAUGUAUUAAUCACACCUUAAGAAUAGAGAUCAAUAUGUAUCUAUACUUCGAGGAUCUAUUCUUCCAGUUCCAAAAAUCCAAUUUUAUAAUUUUCAGAAAUGAAAGUAAAAGUUAUCCAAAGGAACAUGCUAAACUUUUUUGUUUGUUAAUAAUAUUGGAAUCAACCAAGUCUGCAAAAUUAGUGGAUGAUAAACUGUCCUGGAAAAAUGUCAUCUUUCUACUUUUCAUUAGUAAAUCAAUCCUGUCUUCUAACACUGACUGUAUUAUAGUUUAAUGUGUCCAUAAUAUAUAUCAUACUGUAACACCGUUUGAGCAGAACAUGUCCCUCAUCCCUACGUUUCUAAAGAACAGCUUACCAAAUGUAUUUCACAACUUCUUUUUAAGGAUCUCUGAUGUCCAUUCAUAGCUUAGACCAUCAACAGCCGUCCCCUCUCUAACAAAACCUGUCCAUUGUUAUUAGUGUUGUCUAAUAUGAAACACCUGUGCCUUAGUUAAUGUGCUCAGUAUGUGGGGGGGUGUAUAACAGCGGAACUACAAUUCCUGCUUUAUUUUUUUGUAUACACUGUUUAUUUGUAUUACUUUUUGCUAAUAAAUAAAAAAAAAAUAAAAUUGG